UUUGUAGUGGGUAGAGCAGCAUAGCAGCAGUCAUCAUGCUGGGCUCCUGGAUCCUACUUGUGUUGUGUGUCUGCCUCCUCUACCACUUCAUCAAUAUCAAGAGGCCCAAGGAUUUCCCUCCUGGACCACAACCCAUCCCUAUAUUCGGGAACUUGUUUCAGUUUAACAUAAAAAAUCCUCUGAAAGACUUUGAGAAGUUUGCUGAGCAAUAUGGAAACGUUUACAGCCUGUAUAUUGGGACGAAACCGGCCGUCGUUUUAACCGGUUUAAAAGCAAUAAGAGAAGCUCUGGUGAACAAGGCUGCAGAUUUUUCAGGACGUCCACACAACAUAUUUAAGGAUGUAACUAAAGGAAAAGGAAUCAUAAUGGCUGAUUACGGUCCUCAGUGGAAGGAGCAUCGGCGCUUUGCUCUCAUGACCUUAAGGAACUUUGGCUUGGGAAAGCAGUCUAUGGAGAAGAGGAUUCUGGGAGAAAUUGAACACCUUGUUGCAAAAUUGGAGAAAUAUGCAGGAAGUUCCUUGUAUCCUCAGACAUUGUUCCAUGAUGCGGCAUCAAAUAUAAUCUACCUGGUUUUGUUUGGCACUCGCUAUGACUACGGUGACGAAAUACUUAAAGUGUACGUUCGGCUGUAUACCGAAAACACAAAGAUUGCGAAUGGAGCUUGGUCAAUGAUCUAUGAUGCAUUUCCUAUGGUCAGGUCCUUGCCCCUUCCCUUCAAAAAAGCCUUUGACAAUUAUAGAACACUUAAAACCUUGACUUUGAAUAUGAUCAACAAUCACAAGACAUCAAGAGUCCCAGGACAACCAAGAGAUUUUGUCGACUGCUAUCUGGAUGAGCUUGAUAAGAAAGACAGCAAAUCCACAUUCAGUGAAAACCAACUUGUGGUGUAUAUUAUGGAUCUGCAUAUAGCUGGAACUGACACCACAUCCAACACGCUCCUUACGGCGAUUCUUUACCUCAUGGUUCAUCCGGACAUCCAGAAGAGAUGCCAGCAGGAGAUCGAUGAAGUUCUGGGGAAUAAACCACAGCCCUCUUUCGAGGACAGACACGACAUGCCGUACACACAGGCUAUGAUUCACGAGAUUCAGCGCAUCGCCAAUACCGUUCCUCUGAGUGUCUUCCACUGUACCACAAGAGAUACUGAUCUUAUGGGCUACAGCAUCCCAAAGGGAACUAUGAUCAUCCCCAACUUGUCCUCAGUGCUGGGUCAGGAAGGCCAGUGGAAAUUUCCUCAAGAGUUCAACCCAUCAAACUUCCUCAAUGAGCAAGGACAGUUCGAGAAGUCUGAAGCCUUCAUACCGUUUUCUGCAGGGCCUCGUGUGUGUCUCGGAGAAGGUCUGGCUCGCAUGGAGCUCUUUCUUUUCUUGGUGACUCUCCUGCGCCGCUAUGAGUUCCUUUGGCCUGAAGAUGCAGGAGAACCAGAUUUCUCUCCUGUGUUUGGAAUAACACUUACACCCAAACCAUACAGGAUGGAAGUCAGGCUUAGAAAGCAAGCUGGGGAAAUGUAGAACAGUUAAAUGUGAAAAUAUUGAAAAUUUCUUUGUGGCUCAGUUCGAAUCAGUUUGAAUCAAGUAAACAUAAUUAAAUACUAAUACAAAAAGAAGUGAAAAAAAAAGUUUAGGAUGUAGAAAUAAUAAUAGCUAGAGGUCAAAUUAUUGAUUUGAUUCCUGACCGAAAGCUUAACUAACCAUGGAUACGACCAUGGUCCAUUUAAAGUCGUGGCCUCACCUGCUUGCCCCACUUUGGACAUUUCCAACCCUCCUUGCCCCACCUAAAACACCUCUAACCCUCCUUGCUCCACUCUGAACAUCUCUCACCCUUCUUGUCUCAAC